AUGGGACGUAAGAAAAUUAAGAUUCAACCCAUUACAGAUGAUCGUAAUCGACAGGUCACUUUUCUCAAACGAAAGCACGGUUUGAUGAAGAAGGCGUACGAACUUAGUGUUUUGUGUGAUUGUGAAGUGGCGUUGAUCAUCUUCAACACCAAUGGAAAGCUGGUCCAAUAUGCAAGCACCGAAAUUGACAAGAUUUUGAUG